AUGAACUUCUUGGCACUCACUGGCCAUUUGGCCCUGCCACUAGUGGCUUUGAGUAGCAUUCCGGCUGGUCAAAGCAUCAUUCGUCGCACCAAAGCCAACUACGAGCCACUCGAUCUCGCUAAGGAUGUUUAUCAAGAUGUGGACGGAGAGGCGACCGAGGAAUCCCUCCGCGCCUUUUCGGACAAAUGGCAAAGAGCCGCGAUCGCGGUGUUCACCACGACGGGAUUACUAUCAACGCUCGCAUUGGCCGUUUUAACCACAUUGGACCAAUCAGGGACUCCACUAGUCUGGCUGCAGUUUGGUGUGUGGUGUUUGCUCGCCAUUCAAGCAAGUGCCUUUUUCAUAGAACCCCGACCGACAACAAGAUACUACCUAGGCCAUUUCGCGUUCUGGGGAAGUUUAUUCGCCAUCGCAUCCCCAGCCACAGAGCUGGGCCUGUUCAUCACUUCCGGAUGGAAAGCUGACCGCGGCAUCUGGGUUGGGCUGCAAAGCGCCCAGAUUGGCUGCGCCUUUCUGCGCGGACUGUGUGCCGUGCUGCUGCCCCGCCGCCCAGAUGUGUAUGUUGACGACAAGAUCGUGGAUCGGGAGCUGUCGACCUCGCUGCUUGGUCGCUUUAGCUUUAGCUGGGCGGGCGGCUUGCUCAAAUAUGCAGCCGAAAAGAAGAGCAUGGAACUGGAUGAUAUUCCCAAGCUGCCCGCUUCGAAGCGCGCGGGCUUCCUGCGCGAGAAACUCGAAUCCGUCAGGGGAAAUCGAAAAUUAUGGAGGGCAAUUGCAUCUGCCCAUCCCGGAGCGUUGGUCGCCCAGACAAUUCUCAGUUUCGUGAUUUGCUUCUUGGCCUUCGGACCUCAGCUAGCGCUCAUGCGGAUUUUGCAAACGCUGGAGCUGCGCGGUACUCCGUUAUGGAAUCCGGCUGCUGCGUACCUUUGGGUGCUAGCGCUGGGAGGACUGAUGUUUGUUUCCUCAAGUGUGGAGGCCUGGUUGUUCUGGGUGGCAUAUUCGAAACUGGGAGUUCCCAUCUACGCUGAGCUGUCGGCUGUGGUCUUCGCGAAGGCCAUGCGCAGGAAGGAUAUGAAGCAUACGAAAUCAAAGGAUAGCGGUGAUGCGACUAACCCAUCUGACGACGAUGAGGAUGCUUUGAAAAAGAGCAGACAGAGCAUCAUCAACCAUGCCGCUGUGGAUGCGCGACGAAUUUCCGACUUUGCAGCCUUCAACUAUGUCAUUCCUCAGGCGACUUUCAGAAUCAUCAUCGGAGCCUGCUUCUUGGUUCAGAUCCUCGGUUGGCGCAGUGCCUUUGCGGGUCUAUCUGUUGCAGCCCUUGUGACGCCCCUGAAUGUCUACGCAGCGAAGAAGUACUCGGGUGCACAGGAUCGGUUGAUGAAGCAUCGGGACCAGAAGCUGGCCAUCGUGACUGAGGUUUUACAAGGAAUCAGGCAGAUCAAGUUCUCGGCAUUGGAAGAACAGUGGCAGAAGCGUGUCCGAGAGGUCCGAGAGACAGAGCUCGGCGCCUUGUGGGCCUCGUUCAUCGCUGAUAUCGGCCUGCUCGCGAUCUGGAUCCUCGGUCCAGUCGGUCUGUCCGCUGUCUCCUUGGCCACUUACGCCAUUAUCCACGGUGGCUUGUCGCCUUCCGUGGCCUUCACGGCGAUGGCGGUGUUCAACUCCCUUGAGGUUUCGCUUGCUGUAAUCCCUGAGCUAAUGUCGAUGGGUCUAGAAGCCAAGGUCAGCGCGGAUCGCAUUGACGAGUUCCUCGCUACGCCUGAAAAGGUUGUGAACACCGUGCCUGCGGACUAUAUCGCCUUCGAAGAUGUUUCGGUCGCGUGGCCUGCGGACGAAGAAGAAGCCCAGGAUUCAGAAGGUCGUUUCAUUCUUCGUGAUAUGAGCCUGAAGUUCCCUCCCACGAGUUUGAGUGUCAUCUCCGGCAGAACGGGUUCUGGAAAGAGUCUGCUUCUCUCAUCCAUCCUUGGUGAAUGUGACGUCCUUGGGGGUACUAUCAAGGUGCCCGUCCCUCCUCCCAUUUCCGAGCGCUUCGAUCAUCUCGCUACGAAGGCGAAUUGGACCAUCGACUCGGCCAUCGCGUAUGUGGCGCAAAUCCCCUGGAUCGAAAACGCGACCAUUAAAGCCAAUAUCCUGUUCGGACUUCCGGAUGACGACGAACGCUAUAAGAAGGUUCUCUUCGCUUGCGCGCUAGAGAAAGACUUUGAAAUGCUUCCCGAUGGCGACCAAACUGACAUUGGUGCGAACGGUGUCAAUCUCAGUGGUGGUCAGCGCUGGCGUGUGUCUUUCGCCCGCGCAUUGUACUCUCGCGCCGGCAUCCUUGUUAUGGAUGAUAUCUUCAGCGCCUUGGAUGCCCAUACCGGUCGUCAUCUCUUCGAGCACGCUCUCACAGGCGAGCUAGGUCAAGGUCGCACUCGCGUCUUGGUCACUCAUCAUGUUGCCUUGUGUCUGCCUCGCACUGAUUAUUCCGUGCUGCUGGAGAAUGGCCGUAUCAAGUAUGCUGGAACAAUUGAUGAUUUGAAAGAAGCACACCAUCUGGAAGAUAUUCUUCGCGAAGAACAGGCUGAAGAUAAUGGACAUGCUACAAUCGAAGAAGAACACGAGCUAAUCAAUGAAGAGGAAGAGUCGGGCCUUCAGCGGAUCCUGUCAAAUACCUCACAUCACAGACCGAGUACAGCUAUCAAGCCCCACGCUGCUAACGGGGAUGGAAACAUGAAUGGAAAUGGUAGUGCUCCACCAUCAGCGCCGAAAAAGUUCGUCGAGGACGAGAAACGUGAAACUGGCUCUGUGCGACUUGCCGUCUACCUUGCCUUCAUGAAGAAGGGUGGCUCAACCGCUUGGUGGGUGGCGACAAUCCUGGUCUUUCUGGGAUUCGCUGGUCUCAUGAUCGGCAGAGCCUGGUGGAUCAAUGUCUGGACAGCAUCAACAUCUGAUACUAAGUCGCAUCAUGAUCAGUACACUGUUUUAUUGCAACAUGCCAUGCAACCAACUGUGUCUGUCCGACAAGAUGAUGAACUUGCAAAGUAUCUUGCCGUUUACGUCGCCAUUUCUGUCUCUGCGUGUAUCCUCGGAACGCUCCGAUACUACUGCACUCUACGUUCGGCAGUUCGGGCCUCGAGAAACUUGUUCGACGGUCUCAUUUACACUGUCCUCCGCGCACCGCUUCGAUGGCUCGACACAGUCCCGCUAGGCCGCAUCCUUAACCGCUUCACCGCAGACUUCCACUCGAUCGAUUCUCGGAUUGGCUACGACAUUGGAUUCCUCGUUGCCAGGCUUUUGGACCUAGUGGCAGUGAUGGUGGCGGGACUUCUCGUCAACUCGAUGGUCAUCCUGUUUGGACUAGUGCUUCUGGCCGUUUGCCUGAAGCUCGCUAUGACUUACUUGGCCGGCGCGCGUCAGACAAAACGACUUGAAAGUACAGCGAAGAGUCCAGUCUUCGAGCAAUUUGGCUCUAGUCUUGCUGGUCUCAUCACCAUUCGCGCUUUCAGCAAGCCAGAUACCUAUAUCAAGAUCAUGUAUGACAAGGUGAACCACCACGCUCAAGCAUGGUGGACCCUUUGGCUUUUCAACCGCUGGCUUGGCUUCCGCAUGAACCUUGUUGGCGCAAUCUUCUCGACAGUUGCCGCAGGCCUUGUCGUCUACGUCCCAGGUAUCACUGCCUCACUUGCAGGCUUUGCCCUCAGCUUCGCGCUGCAAUACAACUCGGCCAUCACAAUGGCCCUUCGCCAGUACGCCAACCUCGAAUUGAACAUGAACGCCACGGAACGUGUCAUCGAAUACUCCAAUAUUGAAAUUGAGAAACAAGGAGGAGCAGAUGCACCCGCUGCCUGGCCCACAGAGGGCCGUCUCGAGGUCAACGAUCUGGUCGUGGGCUAUGCCCCCGAGCUCCCACCUGUGCUCAACGGCCUCAGCUUCACCGUCGAGAGCAACCAGCGCGUCGGUGUCGUCGGACGCACAGGCGCCGGUAAAUCCUCACUCACACUUGCACUCUUCCGAUUCCUAGAAGCGCGAUCCGGUCAAAUCUUCAUUGACGGGCUCGAUGUUUCCAAGAUCAAACUCCACGAUCUCCGCAGUCGUCUGGCCAUCAUCCCGCAAGAUCCAGUGCUAUUCUCCGGAACCGUGCGGUCAAACCUCGACCCAUUCGACGAAUACGGUGAUACAGAAUUAUACGAUGCACUUGCACGAGUGCAUCUUAUCUCCGAGGCCGACGACGAUGAAUUGACCCUUACCUCCCGAACUGCCACACCCCGUGUCCCAAGCGAAACAGGCGCUUCAACACCAGCAACCACACAAAAGACCAACGCAAACAUCUUUACCUCUCUCUCCGCCACCAUCUCCGAAGGCGGACUUAAUCUCUCUCAAGGCCAACGGCAGCUCCUUUGUCUUGCGAGAGCGAUCGUCGCCCGACCUAAGAUCAUGGUUCUGGACGAAGCUACUUCGGCCGUGGAUAUGGAGACCGACGCGCUCAUCCAACAGUCUAUUCGGGCGGAGUUCGGUCGCAACGCAACUACUUUACUGGUUAUUGCGCAUCGACUCAGUACCAUUGCUGACUUUGAUCGUAUCCUUGUCAUGGAUGCUGGGCAUGCUGCUGAGUUUGGAUCCCCCAGGGAGUUGAUGGGGAUUGAGGGAGGUAUUUUCAAGAAUCUGGUGGAGAACAGUGGUGAGAAGGAGGUGCUGGAAAAAAUGAUUUUUGCAUGA